GGCAAAGUAUCCGAGAUGGAUCUACACCGGGCUGCCUUUAAGAUGGAGAACUCUUCCUUCCUGCCCAACCCGCUGGCUUCGCCUGCCUUGAUGGUCUUGGCAUCCACCGCUGAAGCCAGUCGUGAUGCCUCCAUACCUUGCCAACAGCCCAGACCUUUUGGCGUGCCAGUGUCGGUGGAUAAAGAAGUACACAUUCCUUUUACCAAUGGUUCCUAUACCUUUACCUCCAUGUACCACCGCCAGGGCGGUGUUCCAGGAGCAUUCUCCAACCGUGACUUUCCACCUUCUCUACUCCACCUCCACCCACAAUUUGCCCCUCCAAACUUAGACUGCUCCCCUCUCAGCAUGCUGAAUCACAGUGGCGUGGGUGCAUUCCGACCCUUCACCUCCCCUGAGGAGCGCGAGAGUUACCAGUCCGCUUUCACCCCAGCUAAACGCCUCAAGAGCUGCCAUGACACAGACUCCCCGCAUCUGCGCUUCUCUGAUGCUGAUGGGAAAGAGUAUGAAUUUGGGAGGCCGAUCCCAACAGGUUCCCCGGGGGGACUUAAAGUGGACGAUGGAGGGAAAAAACUGUUUGCCGUGUCCGGCCUGAUAUCAGACAGAGAGACAUCCUCAAGUCCAGAGGACCGUAAUGACAGGUGUAAAAAAAAAGUGGCGCUGUUUGACAGCCAGGCUCCGAUCUGCCCGAUAUGUCAGGUGCUGCUGCGUCCGGGGGAGUUACAGGAGCACAUGGAACAGGAACUAGACAAACUAAUGCAAGUCAACGUCAGUAAGAAUUCUGCACAGAAAGAUAUCAUGACACCCGGUACACCAAAGUCUAUCUUGUUAUCAGCUACAAUCAAGCGAGAAGGGGAAUCGCCAACGUCUUCGCCGCACUCCGCGGACGACAUUCACCAUUCGGACAGAUACCAGACCUUCCUGAGAGUCAGAGCCAAUAGGCAGACACGCCUGAACGCCCGUAUUGGAAAGAUGAAGCGGCGAAAGCAAGAUGAGGGGCAGGUAUGUCCGCUCUGCAGCCGGCCAUUGUCGGGGUCCGAGGAGGAGAUGAGUAGACAUGUGGAACUGUGUCUCGCAAAGAGGGAGACCUGUAUGAAUGAAGAUGACUCUGUAGAUAUUGAAAAUGAAAACGGGCACCGGUUUGAAGAAUACGAGUGGUGCGGACAGAAAAGAAUUAGGGCCACAACUCUGUUGGAAGGUGGCUUCCGUGGAUCUGGUUUUAUAAUGUGUAGCAGCAAAGAAACUCAUGACAGCGACGCUGAUCUGGAUGUGGAUGGAGAUGACACACUUGAAUAUGGAAAAGCACAGUACACUGAAGCCGAUAUUAUCCCAUGUACCGGAGAGGAGCCCGGGGAAGCCAGGGAGCGAGAGGCACUCCGAGGAGCAGUGUUAAAUGGUGGAACGCCCAGCACCAGGAUAACAACGGAAUUCUCCAAGUGGGCCAGUGACGAAAUGCCAUCGACGAGUAACGGAGAGAGCAGUAAACAGGAAGCUAUACAGAAAACGUGCAAGAAUAGUGACAUAGAAAAGAUCACAGAAGACUCCGCAGUAACGACGUUUGAAGCAUUAAAAGCGCGCAUCCGGGAGUUGGAAAGACAGUUAUCCCGAGGGGACCGCUACAAAUGCCUGAUCUGCAUGGAUUCCUACACAAUGCCCCUGACGUCCAUUCAGUGCUGGCACGUGCACUGCGAGGAAUGCUGGCUGCGGACUCUGGGCGCCAAGAAGCUGUGUCCGCAGUGUAACACCAUCACAUCACCAGGUGACCUGAGACGCGUCUACUUGUGAAGAGGGACUGAUGUUGCUCCAAUCUCACCCCCAGGACUCGUACCCCUUUUGUGUCCUCACUACUCCGCUUUCUGGAGCCUGAGGUUUUUUUGUCCGGGUCUGUCAUGUGAUCGUGGUAGUUUUGGAAGCUCAAAGACACUUUUAUAAGUAGUGGAGCAAAUGACAUUGAAAGAGAAAUAAACACUUUUCCGAACUUACCGAACUAUUGUGACUUCCAGAACCUUGACCCGCUUUGUUCCUUCCACUUAGCACUAACGGGGAGAAGCCGCAAAAGAUCCGAUUCCCCGCAGCACUCUCCAGGUUUUCUCUUCUCUCUGUACCUGCUGCUGAUUUUUGAUGUCUCCGAAGGACCGGAUAGGGCCGAGAACUCGCAGCCCCUGUUCAAUUUGUUUACAUCAACCUUCCCACUGCACUCUCUCUCCACAUCUUCACUCUGGACUGCAAAACUGGAUAACCCCACAAGCCUGCCAGCGGCGGUGGGCUUCCGGCAGAGACCUGUACAGACAACACCACGAUGACCAUUUUCUUUUUUUGUGUUUUAUAAAGUUCCUCUGAUUUUGUUUUGAUCCCUCCGCGCUGUUUAUGUGGUUUUUAUUUUGUUUUAACUGUAAAAAAAGCAGGGAAAAGAAGAAAACUGAAAGAUAUGCGAAGCACAUGUAAUAUAAAUUAUAUGUUUACAAUGUUGUGUAUAAAUUGAAUAGACUCAAAA